GGGCCUGCGCGGCGCCGGCUGCCAUCUGGACGACAAACAAACAGGUUGUCAUGUAGUACUAGCAGCCACGGAGAUCUUGACCAAAACCCCACCGCUGCCUCUUGUGCUCUAUAAAAACCCCUGCUCCGUCCACCUCGCCGGCAAAUCAUUUACCUGCACCGGCAACGCCACCACCAUCAUUCUUCAUCAGGGAGCGAGCGACGAGGGAGCCAGUAGGCGUACUACUAGGAAACGCCGCCGCUCAGAGAAGAGACACACACACAUGGAGAGAUCUCCUCGACCAUCUCCGCCCCCUGUUUCCUCCCCUCCUUCCUCAUCGUCCUCCUCCUCCAUCUCCACGGAGGAAAUUCCAAUUCCUCCGCGCAAGAGGAGGGCGAGGCCGACUCAGGCCGAGGGCGGCGCGCCCGACAAGUCCAAGAGGCCCCGCAAGGAGGCGGUCCGCCACCGCCACAGCAAGGAAGAUCCCAAUGCCACCGCCGCAUCUGCAGGGAAGAGGAGCUCCGUCUACAGGGGAGUUACCAGGCACAGGUGGACAGGCAGGUUCGAGGCCCAUCUCUGGGACAAGCAUUGCCUCACCUCCAUCCAGAACAAAAAGAAAGGCAGGCAAGUCUACUUGGGGGCCUAUGAUACUGAGGAGGCAGCUGCUCGUGCAUAUGACCUUGCAGCUCUCAAAUACUGGGGUCCUGAAACAGUCCUGAAUUUCCCUGCGGAGGAUUACUCGAACGAGAUGGAGGGGGUGUCGCGGGAGGAGUAUCUGGCCUCCCUUCGCCGCCGGAGCAGCGGCUUCUCCAGAGGCGUCUCCAAGUACAGAGGCGUGGCCAGGCAUCACCACAAUGGGAGGUGGGAGGCACGGAUUGGGCGAGUCUUUGGGAACAAGUACCUCUACUUGGGAACAUUUGACACUCAAGAGGAGGCAGCCAAGGCCUAUGAUCUUGCAGCCAUUGAAUACCGAGGUGCCAAUGCUGUUACCAACUUUGACAUUAGCUGCUACCUGGACCACCCGCUGUUACUGGCGCAGCUACAACAGGAUCCACAGGUGGUGCCAGCACUCAACCAAGAACCUCAACCUGAUCAGAGCGAAACUACAGUCCAAGAGUCUGACUCAAGCGAAGAGAAGACACCUGAUAACAAUGCAGAACCUGAUGAUAAUGCAGAGCCUGAUGCUAAUGCAGAGCCUGCUAACAAUGCAGAGCCCCUCACAGUCGAUGACAGCAUUGAAGAGAGCUUAUGGAGCCCUUGCAUGGACUAUGAGCUGGAUACCAUGUCAAGAUCUAACUUUGGCAGCUCAAUCAACCUGAAUGAGUGGUUCACUGAUGCAGACUUUGAUAGCAACAUUGGGUGCCUGUUCGAUGGUUGUUCUUUGGUUGAUGAAGGCAGCAAGGAUGGUGUAGGUCUGGCAGAUUUCAGUUUGUUUGAAGAAGGCGAUGGUAAGCUGAAGGAUGUUAUUUCAGAUAUGGAAGAGGGAAUACAUCCUCCAACGAUGAUCAGUGUGUGCAAUUGAUCCUGAAACCUAUAUGUGCAUGUCUGUGGGAUCUCAGAUAUCCAAGGAGGUUUUCACUUUUCAGGUGUCUUUUCUUGGGUAUACUUGAUUUGUCCAAUGCUAUAAUGCCACUACAGCAAAGCUGAACUUGUAGAAAGCCCCAUGGCAUUUAGCUUGGCAUUAGACAAGUGUGUUAAUGUUCCUUGAUUCUUUGAAUUUGCUCCAGGCUGCUUGACUAACCUUGAGGGAUUGUCUCACUUAGCCUAGAUUCAACUAAUCACAUCCUGAUGAAUCUGAAAUGUGAUUUAAAUGGUUGUGUAG